GAAGUGGCCCAAUGUGGGAGUGUCACUGAGUGCCGCACUCAGAGGUUCCUGCCUAUUCGGCUUUAUUUAAAAGCGAAGAAAAUACCGUUAUCGCAGCUGAAUUGAAGUCUGCGAGUCAUGCCGACCUUCCGCUCUGCGUGGACUCUGUGUGUCCUGGCGCUCCUGCUGCCGCUUGGAGUCCUGUCUCAGUUCGACUUCAAUCUGGCUGAUGCUUUGGAUGAUGAGAGCGUUAAGCCAUCAGCUUCUGUUAGACCAAAGCCAGAAGCACCAACUCGAGGAAUAGAACAAGCUACAGUAAGAACUACAACCACCAAAGUCCCAGUAAAGGUCAGGCCAAAGCUCCCUACAAGUACUGAAGUAUCAAGGAAGACGAAACCCAAGUCAAAUGGACAAGAUUUUGAUCUGGCAGAUGCUUUGGAUGAAAACCAGAAGCCAGGAGGAGGAUUUUCUGACAGUGAUCUGGAAGGUGUGAGCAACGAUAACACCUACAAACCCGACAAAGGAAAAGGAGGCUAUAAAAAAGGAGACACCAGCCAGAGUUCCCAUGAUGAAAGCAGUGAGGUCACUGCAGAGGUCGGCACCAUUGCAGGAAUUGUCAGUGCCGUCGGCAUGGCGCUGGUGGGGGCCAUCACCAGCUACAUAAGCUACCAGAAGAAGAAAUUGUGCUUCAGCAUACAACAGAGCAUGAAUGUUGACAUUAAUAAGGCUGAAAUCCCAGAGGGAGUGGUGGCAACCGAACCUCAAGCACAACAGACGCUUUUGGAACAACCAAAGUCUGGACCACCUUGUGAUGAGAAUGCAGUUUAGGAACCAGUCAGUCACUGAGUCAGUCAGACAUUUCAGCUGUCCUUUCAUCCACAUAUAGUGUACUAAUAUAUAAACAUAGCAAAUUCCAUGUUUGUACCAUUAUAGGCUUUGUAAGGCAUGGCGCUUAUCUAAGCUAUAAACUGUUUACACUGCUGAGCAUUUCAUCUUGUUAGACGUAGAACCACUUGAAUUCAGAUCGGCAUCUCCCAUUUGUGUUUGAAUUCCAUUUAGUGUUUUAAUGAGGUUUGCAUUAGAAAAAUGCACAUUUUUAAAUGGAGUCUGUAGGAAGUGAGUCUGUAGUUUGUCUCAGUGCUGACCAGUGAAUGACCAGCAGGUUCUGUAGUUUCUUCAGAGCUCAGAUCAGCGCCAUGUCUUCGCUGAGUAGAGAAACAUUUGUUUUAGAAUUUUUGAUGGUUGAAAUGAUUUCCUCCUGUUAAUCUCACAUUCUGACACGUGUAAGUAAAACUGCAAAACUACUUUAUUUAAAUUACUUUUAUUUAUUUCUCUUGCAAGUUUAGAAAUUUGUACCUGACUAGUGUUUUUACUAAAGUGUGACAGAUUUACUGGCAUGGCUGCAAGGGGCAGUAGUUGGUAGCAAUGUUGCCUUGCAGCAAGAGAAGGUCCAUGUUUCGAAUCCCGGCCUAAACUCAAUUUA